AUGGCUCAAUCAAUGACUCCAAUGGAAGAUGCAAUGAGGGCAAAAAUCACAGAGACGUUGAAGCCCACAACGUUGGAGAUCCACAACGACUCGCACAAACACGCACAUCAUUCCGCAAUGCGAGGCGUGACCAGCAAAGAGACACACUUCAGACUCGUGAUAACCUCAGAAGCCUUCAAGGGCAAGAUGCAGCCCGCAAGACACCGGAUGGUGUACUCUCUCAUGAAGGAUGAAAUGGCGCAAGAAGGGGGUAUUCACGCCCUCCAGUUGAAGACGCGGACUCCCGAGGAGGAAGAGCGAUUGUUGCAGAAGGAGGCCGCGUAG